AUGGAUUCCCAAUCUUUACUUAAGAUGCAGAUUUUAAAUUACUUGCAGAGCCUAGCUAAGUGCAGAGCUGUUUGCACAAGCCUCAUUAUGAUCACUGCCAAUAGUCUCGAUACUUUUUGCUUUGAAGAUUGUGUUCAACAAUCAUUUAUUUCAGUGAGAGACAAACCCAGACACUCUGAAGCAACUACUAAAACAACCCAAAAUCAAAAGAAACAUGACAAAAUCAAUGAGGAGGUAAAGGAUACUCUCACUUAUGAGUCACAUGAGAUGCUGCACUAUGAGACAUACAAACAACUCAAAGAAGUCUCCACAAAACAAGAGUCUAAAGUUUCUAAAACUGGACUUUAUGAGAACCUACUCAAACCCUUUAAGCAUGCCAAGAGAGUCGAAACACUUCCUGUGAGUGGCAGAACCAUCACUGUCUACAUCUGCAAGUACGACAACUGCAACCGAGAGUUCACGAAGAUCUGGAACCUGGUCGACCAUGCCAGAAUGCACGAAGGCAUCAAACCGUACAAGUGCAUCUUCUGCUCCAAAGCUUUCACACAGAAAGGCAACCUGAAGAAACACUCAAAACAGCACCAACACAGAAGCAUCGAGGAGAGGAGGCUGUUCCAGUGUCAGGUUUGCAAGAAGAAGUACACUGAGAAGUACAACCUGACUGCUCACAUAAGAACUCAUAAACAAGACGGCACUCAUCAACUUUCGAAGGCUACAGCUUCACAAUCAGAAGUGAAGGCUAAAUAACUAAUUUAUGAUAAAAUUUCAAAUAAA